AAAGAGACAAGCACCUCGUGAGUAGUACACUAGCCACGGAGCAAUCGAACAAGUGCUGAUUGGGCUCCUUCCAGUUCAUUAUAAGAUGCCCAUCUGGUUCGACCAGCCACCAAAGAAGAAAAAGACCCCACGCGACGACGAGAUCGCUCCUUAUCCCAGCACUGCUCGCCGGGCUCUGAAGGGCCUGCAAGAAGAAGACUUCGAAAAGAAAGAUAUCUUCAAACCCUCCCCAUCACGCAAUCAACUUGAAAGCCUUAUGAGCAAUCUUGAAUAUCAGAAUCGGCACGAGUACAAGACAAAUGAGGACACAGGAGGAUGCUCUGGACAGAAAGUUGAAACAAACGCAUCGACUCGAAAAUUUUCAAGUGUAUCGAACCCAACAAUGAAGCAGUUUGGAAGACUGAGCUCAGAGUUUAGGCGUCGAAACGAUGACAAGGAGGUAAAGAGAAGAAAGCUCAUGUCUGUGGAGGCCAUAUCAAAAGGUCCAAUGGGUGACGCAGAUGCAACCCGACGUAAAGGCCAGCCAGCGGACAAUAUCAAAGGAAAGCCGGAACAUCUAUCGUCCAACUCCCACAGUGAGGAACGGGUAGAAAUGGAGCGAAUACCAAAGAGAAGGCUACGAUUCAAAGUGGACGAGAGACCAGCCAAGAAACGACGGUGAUUUGGAAGGUGUUAUGAAGUUCUGUUAUGGGAAACCUGUGGCGGUGUUUCUGUUUGAAGCGGUUGUACGUGGUUUCGAGUGUAAUUCCAACCGAAGGCCUUCCGCAU